GGAAUGCGUAAAAUCCGCAAUGUAGUUUUUAUAUCCGUUUAAACCGAAUUUCUUAUUUCAGGUUUCAGUCGCCGUGCAAAAUUUCGAAUGCUACGGUUUUGGACACAUUGGCUACACCGUGCGCACCGAUUACAGACGAUUUUGGGGAUGAUGAUGCAACAGCGAACACGUCAACACUUAGAUCUAUCGAGGUCUAAAAGCGGCUAACAGAAAUUGCCUCGCAAGAAUCACAAGACAGAAUUUGUCCAAAUUUUCUCACAAUUUUUAUAACAGCGUGCGCCCGGAUAAGGAAAUAUGUUCAACAAUUUCUGAUCGAAGCAGCUUCAAGACUUCAAUAAUCACAAAAUGAAAAAUAUGAAACCGAUUUGAUUUGACCGGCGUUGGUAGAUUCAGCGUGAAGAAGAGGAUGCCCGAAGACAUGAAAAUUCUCGUUUAAUUACACGCCGAAGAUCGGAUAAGUUUCCAAAGCGACGCUGUCAAAUGAGCCGAGCGCUCCGUUGUUUAUCAAACAAUCGUCGACAACAAAUUUCCUUGUUACCUCCUGCACCUCGGGCAGCCUUGUCAGGACCGGAAGCGUUGCGACACCGGAAACAGUACGUGCAUGAUCCAGAACAUGACGAGCUUAACCGUCACCGAAUGUAUAUAAGCAUAAUCUCGAUUAUAAUCAGCGCAUAUUUGACCGUCGGCGUCCGUCAUCGGCUGGCAAUCGCGGUAUCACGAUGAUGAAGAGGUUUCCAAUCGUCGGCGUCCUAGGAGUCCUGCUGCUAACUGCAGCCGAUGCGAACCUGUUGGUGAAGGACCUGUCGGUGACGCUGUCCGGACAGACCCUGGACUGGCCCUGUCAGAGCACGAAGAACAUCUACGAGACCAGCGGCCGUUACAUCGCGAGGAACGUGAUCGCGACCAGGGCGCAGGUGUACAAGGAUCAAGCGAUCCUGGCGAUGCCUAGGUACAAGGCGGGUGUGCCGUUCACUUUGGGCGUCGUCCCGCUGAAAGCCAACGAGUGCGCGCCGAAGGUGGCUCCGUUCCCUUGCUGGGCGAUCCAGGAAGAAGGGAACUGCCAGGCUCUGCAGAGCGCCGUUGACAUUGUCCUCGACAUUCAACACAUCCUUUGGGUCCUCGACGUUGGUAUCGUCAACACCCUGGAGCAACCUGUGCGUAGGUGUCCCCCCAAAGUGGUCGGGGUCGACGUGAAGAGCGGCAAGGUGGUGAAAGUGAUAGACCUGAGUCCCCUCGCAGACAUCUCGUCGCGUCUGCAAUACAUGGCCGUAGACUACGCGUCAGACGGCCAGGUGUACGUCUACGUGUCCGACGCUGGUACCAGGGCCAUCAUCGUCUACAACCUGACCGCCGACAGCGGUUACCGCGUGGUUCUUCCCAAAGCAGUGACUUCCGGCGCGGAGAAGAAGGACGCGCUCUACUUGGCGCUGAUCAGGAGAAGCUGCGGCAGCCAAAUCCUCUAUUUCACCUACUUGGGCUCGAACAGAGUCUUCGCCAUCAGAGCCACCAGCCUGAGAGCCGGGAACGCUAACGGAUCGGUGGUGGAAGUUGGGCUGAAAAAGAAUAAGAUCGUCAUUCUUGGCACCGACAACGGUGCCGCGAUCUUCUUCAGAUCGAAGGGUGAUCCGAACAUCUACAUGUGGAACACGGAGACUCCAUUCAUCCAAGACAACUUCCUGCUGGUCCAAAAGGCCAGCGACUGCAGGCUGCCGACGCAGGUCGUUCCUGGCUACAAGAAGCUGAUGUGGGUGAUCGAGAGCAAUUUCCAAGACUACAUCGACAACACUGUCAGUUGUUCCGGUGCAUCGGUUUCCCUUCAUCCAUUGAUAAACUCCUGCGACGAUCAGUAUUGAGGAUCCAACGAAAUCGAUAGAUUUUGGGUGCUGCAGAAAAGAAUCG